UGUUUAUAAGAACAACAAAAAUGGACGUAACUGUAUUUGGCUAGUAUUAUAUAAUAACGUAACAAUGGCUAUUGCAUUUCAAUAAAACAUAAUAAGCAGUGUGGAAUUCAGAUCCUCCUUCUUCCUUUGGUUAAACUGAGAGAAAGAUGGAACCAAAACAAGAACUGGAAUGGAUGGAAGCGCAGAAGAUUGCAAUAAGCGUUGACCUUGUUGAUGUUGCUAAAACACAGCUUCAGUUUCUUGCAGCUGUUGAUAGGAAUCGGCAUCUCUAUGAAGGUCCUGCGCUUGACAGGGCUAUCUAUAGGUAUAAUGCUUGUUGGCUUCCCUUGCUUGCCAAACAUUCCGAAUCUCGGACUUAUGAAGGUCCUUUGGUUGUCCCUCUUGACUGUGAAUGGAUUUGGCACUGUCACAGGCUCAACCCGGUAAGGUACAAAUUGGACUGUGAGGAACUUUUUGGACGUGUACUUGAUAACUUUGAUGUUGUCUCUACUGUUCAAGGAAUUUGUGGCAGUCAAACGGAAGAAAUCUGGAACAAAUUGUAUCCUGAUGAGCCCUACAAUUCUGAUUUGAUCAAUGUUAUUCCUGAGGAUUUCGCAAAAAAGAUCACUAGUCUUGCAAAACACACUAAGUAUGAUCUGAUUUCAGCUGCUAAGAGGCAGAGCCCGUUCUUUUACCAGGUGUCAAGACCUUACGUGAAAAGUGAUACAUUUAUCAAGGAAGCUGUGGCCAGAUACAAAGGCUUUUUGUAUCUUAUCAAGAAAAACAAGGAGAACGGUAUAAAACGCUUCUGCGUUCCAACAUAUGACAUUGACCUUAUCUGGCACUCUCACCAGUUACAUCCAGUUUCUUAUUGUAAAGACCUCAAUGAGGCACUUGGAAAAGUAUUGGAGCACGAUGAUACCGACUCGGACAGAACUAAAGGAAAGAAACUGGAUGUUGGGUUUUCUGGAACCACCAAACAGUGGGAAAACACAUUUGGUACUAGAUAUUGGAAGGCUGGGGCAAUGUAUAAGGGUAAUGCACCAUCUCCUAUCACAAGUAGCCCUUUUUCAUCUAGCGUGAUUUGUAAGAAGGCUGUUUCUUCCAAUGAGCAGCUACAUGAAAAAUUGCUUCAAGACCGGAAUGUUGUGGAGGUUUUCUUGGAAUUUGUUGAUGUUAAAAACUUACCAGAUGGACAGGAAGGAAGUAUCUUUGUUUUAUUUUCCAAAUCACAGCCUGAUGCUUUCUUUGAUGCUAAAAGGAGACUUAGUAUUUUGUCAGAGUCUAGAGAGAAACAUGUUGCAUCUUUCCAAUGUGAACCUACUGGGGAGCUGCUUUUUGAACUCAUGUCCCAUUCUUCUUCAAAGUUAUCAUUAAGAAGAUCACCAAAGACACUAGGUUCUGUUGUAUUCUCUAUGCAAGACUAUCUUGAUCCAGUUUCAAAGCUCUACAUUGAGAAAUGGUUGGAGUUGGUGCCAAGCUCUGGUACUAUGAGCACAAAGCCAAUCCUGUUACGAGUAGCCAUCUCAUUUACUGCUCCAGUUCCUGCCCCAUAUACGUUCCAAUUGACUCAAUCUCGUCCAGUGUCCAAAAAUACAUGUUUCUUUAACCUUCCUGUUAAGCCUCAACAUGCCAAGGGUUGGGCUCAUGUCACAGAUGAAAAUGGCACCAGAAUCAUCAGCCUGCAAAUGAGGGACUUGAAUAACGUAAAGAAUGUAGAAAACCUUGGCAAGGAGGUUGUUGGCCUCAGGGAGUCUGGUGAAACUCGCACUCUUGCUGAGUACAUGGAAAAUGGGUGGAGUUUUAUGGACAACCUUUGGUUGUUACACCUUCCAAACAAAAGCAAGAAUGAUGGCCAUAUCUUUGAGCUUACAGGCACCAAGCUGGUGAAAAUUUUUCCGGGAAGAAAGGGAGAAUAUGAACUGAGAUAUCAUGUGAAUCAAGGAAAUGAAAUGGACUUCUUAACAGCAGUUGAAUUCUCCAUAGAAGAUCCUUAUGGAAAAGCAGUAGCAUUGCUGGACUUGAAAUCUAAACUUGUUUUGGCAAAGGAAAAGUGGAUGGUGUUGCCUGGUAUCAUAUUGGCUUUUAUUGCUUCUGAUAUAAUGAAAAAGGAAGGAUAUGAAGGCAUUAUUGCUAAAAGUAAAGAUUUGAAGAUGAAUGACACUGAUGAGGAAAUUGUAACGAAUGACUUGAACAGAGUGGAGUUAAGCAGUGAAUUGGGCACUGGAGAUGCUGGGAUAACAAAAAAGGUUGUACUCUCAAGUGGAGGGUGUGGUAGUGGUUGUGGUAGUGGCUGUGGGAAUGUAGUGACAAGUAGUGGUUGUGGGGGCUGCGGUGGUGGUUGUGGCAGUGGCUGUGGAAGUAUGAUGAAGAGUGGUGGUUGUGGGGGUGGUUGUGGCAGCGGCUGUGGAGGAGGGUGUGGAAGUAUGAUGAAGAGUGGUGGGUGUGGUGGUGGGUGUGGUGGAGGAUGUGGAGGAGGGUGUGGAAGUAUGACGAAGAGUGGUGGGUGUGGUGGUGGGUGUGGUGGUGGUUGUGGUGGAGGAUGUGGAGGAGGGUGUGGAAAUACUCUGCGGAGUGGUGGUUGUGGUGGAGGGUGUGGAGGUUGUGGAGGAGGGUGUGGAAACAUGGUGGAGAGUGGAGGAUAUGAAAAUGACAGCAUGAAGAAGAGUAGUGGGUGUGGUGGAGGCUGUGGUGGAGGAUGCGGUGGUUGUGGUGGUGAUCUUAUGGACAGUAAAUGUGGCUUCAACGAGCAUUUGAACGAGGAAGCACACUGCAUCAAUGAAGAGCCAGUUGCUGCUGCAUGAAGCCAUGUUUGAUGUUAUGUGUAAUAAGUACUGCAAUCCUAUGUCUAUUAGAUCUCUUCUAUUUGUGUAUUUAUUAAACAGAAAUAACGUGUAAUGAAUAAACAUGAGAGUUGAAUCAAUGAUAUAUAAUGAGAUUCUGAUUUGCAUUAAA